AUUCUUGAAGUUGAUCGGUCAUGGGAAAUAAGCCAGCAAAGCCGAAGAGAGAUGAGGUUCUUCUGAAGAUUGUGCCUCCUUUGGAUCAAGCAUAUACCCGUUGGCUUGCUAAGGACCUUGAGAGAAUUUAUGGCUUCACUCCAAGAAACCCUCGUGCUGUAAGGCCACCGGAUCAUUACAUUGAAUACAUGCGCUUACAGGGAUGGUUGGACGUCAGCUUAGAUGACCCUGACCUUGCGCGUCUACUUAAAUAAUGGAGUAAAUCAACUGCAAUAUUCUAAGAGCAUGUAUAAACUUGAGCCAAACCUAAAGCUUCAAAUUGAUAGUUUUCUGUACUGGUACAGUGAGUUUCAGAUUCUGAGCAAUGGUGUGAUUUAUGAAAUGGAAAUCUUGUCAAAUAUCA